AUGUGUACAGAUCAAUUUCACGGCUUUCUCCAAGCUCUACCGAAAUGCGAACAUCACGUCCACAUCGAGGGUACACUCUCGCCUGAGCUUCUCUUUCAACUGGCGGAGAAGAACGGCGUCACCCUGCCUUCGGACACUGAUGCCGCGUUUGCAAGUCCGUCGGCACUCCGCGCUCGCUACCGUGAAUUCAAGUCACUCGACGACUUUCUACAGUAUUAUUACACAGGUUUCUCUGUCUUGCUGACAACCGACGAUUUUGCCGACCUGGCUUACGCCUACCUCGCCAUCGCCCACGCCCAAUCGGUCCGGCAUGCCGAGGUCUUCUUCGAUCCCCAGGCACACACCUCGCGAGGUGUCUCGUACGUGACGGUCAUCGAGGGCCUGUCGACGGCUCGCCGCCGUGCCGCGGUGGACUUCCCCCAGCUGUCCGUGGCAUUUGUUCCCUGUCUCCUCCGCCACCUGCCGGUCCCGUCUGCCCACAGUAUGCUCGACGAAAUCGUCACCGCCGGCCACUUUGACGACGGCACCCUGAUCGGCUUCGGCAUGUCGAGCUCAGAGGCUCCGUACCCGCCCACCCUCUUCAGCUCUGUCUACGACGCGGCCAGGGCAGCGGGCAUCCAGAACCUCACGGCCCACGCCGGCGAGGAAGGGCCCCCCUCCUUUGUGUCGUCGGCCCUCGCCGACCUCGGCGUGCUUCGCAUCGACCACGGCCGCCGCGCCGCCGAGGACGACGCGCUGCUCGCGCAGCUCGCCCGCGACAAGACCAUGCUGACGCUGUGUCCCGUGUCCAACGUGGUGCUGCGCGGCGCGGCGCGGCUCGCCGACCUGCCCAUCCGCAAGUUCCUCGACGCCGGCGUCAGGUUCAGCAUCAACAGCGACGAUCCGGCCUACUUUGGCGGGUACAUUUUGGAGAACUACUGCGCCGUGCAUGACGCGUUCGAUCUGAGCGUGGAUGAGUGGGCUGGCGUUGCCAUGGGUGCGGUCGAGGGGAGCUGGUGCGACGAGGCGAGAAAGGCUGUGCUCCGGGCCGAGGUGGAACAAGUAGUCGGCGAGUGGCGGGGGAGGCUGGCUAUGGUUUGA